ACAAGACCUGCGAGCUGAACGGAGUGUGCGAGGCCAGAGGGCAGCUGGUCCACAUAUUUGUGUUAUGUAGCGUCGGAAAGACCUCACUGGCGCUAUGGCUGGGCAGAAACUAAACUGAGGGGUUUCUGGAUGCGGCAGAGUCGGCUCUUUUCUCUGAAUUUGCUUCAGUUUUCACGGCGCGGAAACACAGCUAGCGGAGGCGUCAUUGUUGUGGUGCUGUGCAUUGUAUUGUCUGUGUGCGUGGCGGCUGUGGUCGGCGCUGGUGUCUGGCUAGCUCGGCUGCUCGCACCUCACCUCGGCGACCAGAGCCUGUUAGCAAGUCAGCAUUGUGUGCUUCCCAUCGACGCUAAGCUAGCACGACUGCUAGCUUGGCCGGGUUAGUUUGGGUGGUAGCUGGCGUGUAGGUGAUGUUGUCCGUGCUGUCGUACGGUAGACUGGUUGCCAGAGCUGUCAUCGGCGGACUUUCUCAAACAGAUAGCCGCGACUACAGCCUGGUGACGGCAAGCUGCGGCUUCGGGAAGGACUUUCGGAAAGGCAUCCUGAAGAAAGGGAUGUGCUAUGGGGACGACGCGUGCUUCAUCGCCCGACACAGGUCCGCGGAUGUUUUGGGUGUGGCAGACGGAGUGGGUGGUUGGCGGGACUACGGAGUGGACCCAUCGCAGUUUUCAGGGACUCUGAUGAAGACAUGUGAGCGGUUAGUGAAGGAGGGGCGCUUUGUCCCCAGCAACCCUGUGGGAGUCCUCACGACCAGUUACUAUGAGCUCCUGCAGAACAAAGUGCCACUGCUAGGCAGCAGCACGGCCUGCAUUGUGGUGUUGGACCGGCAGAGUCACCAGCUGCACACGGCCAACCUGGGCGACUCGGGCUUCCUGGUGGUUCGGGGAGGGGAGGUGGUGCACCGGUCAGAUGAGCAGCAGCACUACUUCAACACCCCCUUCCAGCUGUCCAUAGCACCCCCAGGGGCUGAGGGGGCUGUCCUCAGCGACAGUCCAGACGCCGCCGACAGCUCUUCCUUUGACGUGCAGCUCGGGGACAUCAUCCUCACCGCCACCGACGGUCUCUUUGACAACAUGCCUGACUACAUGAUCCUGCAAGAGCUGAAGAAACUCAAGAACACCAACUAUGAGAGCAUCCAACAGACUGCCAGGAGCAUUGCAGAGCAGGCCCACGUCCUGGCGUACGACCCCAACUACAUGUCGCCUUUUGCACAGUUUGCCUGUGAUAACGGACUGAAUGUAAGAGGAGGAAAGCCAGAUGACAUCACAGUGUUGCUGUCCAUAGUGGCAGAGUACACCGACUAGAGACUGUGAGGAGCUGUGGGUGUAUGCCGGGGGGAGGGGCAUCUGCCUCUGCAGGUGCUGGACUGCUUUGAUUCCUGCUGGCCAGGAUGAAAGACCGAUGUGGGAUGCUUCCCCACUUCCCCUGGCUUUACUCUGCCUCGACCCCACCCCCCUCCCCCAGCAGACCAUCAUUCCCCCCUCUAAAAUUCAUACGUGUCCGCCUCUCAGAUGUGAUGGUUGAAUGAAGCAGAGCGCUAAGACCAGAUGCAUUCCUCCUGACCAGGCCACAGGGUUGGCAUCUUGGAAGUGUGCCAAUGGUCACUGGGUAAUCCAAUUGCCAGAGAUAAAACCAUGUUGCAGGGCAUGUUGGCAAUGAGGCUCCUGCCUGACAAGGAUAAGAUGUCUUUUCUGAUGGGGGUGGCAUGAGGGGGUGCGACUUAGAAAAGGGGUCAGAUGUAGCCAGACGUGAGGUUGGGCUGUCAGGUGGUCCCAUGCUGCGCUGCUGGAAGGGAAACAGCCAGUCCAUCAGGACGGGAGUCAUGUUUAGAAGGGAACUGGACAGGAAAUGGCAGCACAGCAUUAGCGCUGAAUAAAUGGGCUGCACUGUGCAGGAUGUUCUGAAAGGGGCUUCAAGUGACACAGGGCUAGGUCAGAAAUCUUCUGCCAGUCACAGGGCCUGGAACCUUGAAAACAGGGAGCGUAUGUUCUGAUAUAUGACUGGUGUCUGGUUGCUGGGAUGUUUUGGUAAAUGGAAACAGGUUUAUGUGACAUGCAGGGUUCUUUGUUUUGUUUCUUGGGGCUGGGUGAUCCAAUAGGAUGUCAUACCAGUGCAGUUUAUGUUUUGCACAAACGUUGCUGGUUCAUAGCUGUUAGAAUGGGGAUUUCACCAAGCUGCAAAAGAAGCCUCUCUACAUAUUGUUGGUAUCAAGCCAAUGCCCUCCCUUUAAUCUCACCACUGCUGCUCAAGUCUUGAUUGUGAUUAUGUGAGUGUGUAUGCGUGUGUGAUGAGUGCGCUCGUGUGUGUCUGUUGUGAGUGCAAUUAUAGGUGUAAUUAGUGUCUACUUAUGAAAUGGGUGUGUAUGUGAAGGCUACACAGCGUUCCUCAUUUUCACUGGGCUGAAUUGGUCUUAUAACCAUAAACGCACAAAUCUAAAGAAGCAUAUCUGAAAAAAAGCUUGACACAGUGGAAGUUGGUCUGGUGACCAAAUGUAUUUUUGUAACUUCUUUGUUCGAUUGGAUUUGGUGAAUUCUUUUGAACAGAUGGCGCAUCAGAAUAGUUUUAGAAACUGUCAUUCACAAUCAGCAUCUCCUUUUCUCCUCCCGCCUCUGUCCGCUGCUGUAAAGUUCCACUGGCACAUUUGUGAAGCAUGAGUCAGGUCACUGCAGGUUUUACUUUUGUUUCAUGUGCAAAAUUGUCAUCGUUUUCUUUUCACUUUUCAUUUGUACUGUGUAUUUACAUAACUCACAUGCUACAACUUUUACCCACAGAACAAAAAAUCUUCCUUUCGUAAAAUGUUGAUUUCAGUCGGUCAUACCGCAGAGCUGAUGUGCCUUGUAUCAGGUGUCAAUGAUACUGGCAAACGUGUCCAUAAUUAUUCCUUAAACCCCGACUUUGUGCCAGAGCACAGAGCCUGAAACUAUUAAGUAGCCAUAAGAGUCAUACAGUUUUCCCAUCAUGCCCUGCUGUCUUAAUACUAGGUCUUUUCACCUAUUUUCCAUCAAUUUCUCCUGAAAUCCCCUUUUUGCGGUCAGCCACAAGCUUAUGAAUAGUGAUAAAGCUGCCUGAUGAUUGGAAAUCCUUCCUGUGGACCUCCACGUAACUGCCUGCAGUCUGCAACAGCUAAUGCAGGAAUCCUCCCAUUUGUUCUCUAUGCCUUUCCACAAUCUGACAUGUUCAAAUUGGAAGACUGCAGUGUCAUUUUUUAAAUGGGACAACUGAGCUUUCUGGGUAUUGAUUGGAAAUUAGGUGUCUUUUUUUUUUUUUUUUUUUUUUAAAUGUGGCAUGUACAAUUUUUCCUGCCUGCAGAGUCCUGCCCAGCCCCAAGGUCUGUAGUCAUGGAUAUAGAUGAGCAGAUUUAGGUAGAGCCAUGAGGUGAAACCACUGGUCAAAAUGUGAUUUUUUUUUUUUUUUUUUUUUUUUUUCCUGAAAGCAUUAGGCACUGAAGACACUGAGGACAAUCCAAGCAGCCUUAACAAUAUUAUAACAAAACAAUUCUCAGCCAGAUGGUACUGUCACCUUUAGCUUCCUGGGUCCCCUUUUAUCCGACCUGACAGUUCCCCCAUCAUCUAUUUACUUCAUCUUCCUCUUCUAAACAAACUUUGUUACAACCAGAGCUGCACGUGUCUAUAUAUAUUUUGGGUGUACAGUUCAACGAUGCAGAUGUAAGUUCUGUAAAGAAAAUGUUUUCAAAUCUGUACAAUAUUUAAAUAAAGAGUAUAGUAUUUAUUAUC